AUAAAACACCGCGGUGACGGAGCCGACACCAGCACUCCAUCCACUGCUCUCCACACACGACCAUGAGGCUCCUACUGGUCUCCGCCUUGUUACUGGCCGCUGUAGCCGCAGUCCGAAGUGGAGCCACAAGGGAUAAGAAACAGGACAAGAGAGGAAUCCUGAGUGGCAUCGGAGGCGGCUACGGAGGCGGCUACGGAGGCGGUUAUGGAGGCGGCUAUGGUGGAUACGGUUUGAGCAGCGACAUUGGAUAUGGCAGCUCUAGUCUGAGCAGUGGUCUGGGAUAUGGCUACGGUUCCGGUGGCUACUCUAUCGGAUCUGGAAUUGGCCUUGGGUCUGGUCUCGGUUCUGGAAUCGCGCUCAGCUCUGGUGUAGGAUACGGCUACGGAUCAGGCGGUUACGGCGGUAGUUAUGGAGUCGGCCUUGGUUCAGGACUAGGCUCUGGUUUUGGGUUGGGCUCCGGUGUUGGCUCUGGCGUUGGAAUCGGCUCCGGUAUCGGCCUCGGCUCCGGUAUUGGAUUGGCAACGGCACCAGCGGUGCAGACUGUGACCCGGACCGUAGCAGUUCCUGUGCCCCAGGCCGUGCCCGUGACCGUCAACAGGCCCGUUCCCGUGCCAGUUCCUCAGCCCGUCCCAGUGUCUGUGCCCAGGCCCUACCCCGUCAGAGUUCCUCACCCUGUUCCCGUCUCCGUGCCCAAGCCGUACCCUGUCAGCGUGCCCAAGCCAUACGCCGUGCCUGUUCCUCAUGCCGUGCCUGUGCCAGUCCCUCAGCCCUACGCCGUCAGGACCCCUUACCCCGUUCCCGUGCGAGUGCCCCAGCCCGUGGCUGUGCCAGUGCCUCACCCCGUGCCUGUGGAUAGGCCAGUAGUCGUCGGUUCCAGUGGCCUGGGAGGAGGAAUCAGCAGCAUCGGCCUCGGAGGAGGUAUCAGCUACGGAUCUGGAAUCGGAGGAGGUAUCAGCGGUGUCAGUCUUGGCGGCUCCAGCCUGGGAGGUAUCGGCUACGGAUCUGGAAUUGGAGGAGGCAUUAGUGGCGUCAGUCUUGGCAGCGGUAGCCUGGGAGGUAUCGGCUACGGAUCUGGAAUCGGAGGAGGCAUUAGUGGAGUCAGUCUUGGCAGCGGCAGCCUGGGAGGUAUCGGCUACGGAUCUGGAUUCGGAGGAGGCAUUAGUGGAGUCAGUCUUGGUGGUGGCUACGGUUCCGGAUACGGUUAUGGUUCGGGUCUCGGAUCAGGUUACAGUUUGGGAGGCGGCGGAUACGGCAUCGGCAGCACAGGCCUUGCAACCGCGAGCUUAGGAGGAUCCGGUUAUGGACUGGGAUCCGGCUCUAAGUACGGGUCUAGUUAUGGGUCACACAAGAUCUGGUAAUGCGUGCCAGAAUGUUUGGUGGGGCAGCUGAAAGUACCUGUACCUGUAAACUUUAAAGUUUUGCCUGAAAUAUCAUGGUCUCAUUUUAGUAAAUUGUGAGUUUUCAUAGUUAACUUUUUUUGAAACUGACCCAAUAUUUUUUUGUAUUUUUUUAUAUGUGUUUGUAUAUUCUGUGGAUGAAGUGUUCUUUUUUGUAUAAUUCUAUUGAUCUUGAAUAAAAGUUAUAAAGAUCAUUUAA